AUCAGUGGCGCGAAGAAAAGAGAUAAUCCGCUCCACUUAGUCCGGUACGGUCGUACGGAAAACCGAUUUCUAAUAUGUUAAUACGGCCGCACGUUUAAUUGAAACGCGAGACGAAUACGAUUGACCCGUUUAGGUCCUCCAGCUCUACCCUUCCGGGGAUCGUUUCCCGAUAUUUUGGCAUAACGUCAAAAAUCGCCGCGGCACGGAUUUGGUCGUGGACAAUUCGUCCGGAAAUAUCGAAAUAGCGUUUAUCCGCGCCUUAGACGGUACCGUAGCCCGCGGCAGCGGCAGCGGCUGCUGCCGUCUCCUAACGAGUAUAGUAAUGUAAAUUCAGGAACGCUAUGACGAUCGGCGUGAAUCAUCGUCGCAUAAAAGCGGCGGCCGGUUUAUUUCGGGUGGAUCCGAUCUAUCUCGCGUUUGACCAACUACGGCCUACUGAAUAUUUGCGAAAUAACCGCGGAUCGACCCCGUAGUCGGAUGCGGCCACGGCAGGAUCUCGUAUCAGUACUGGUGCAGAUAUGUCUUUCCGUGUGGUGCGCAGCAGCAAGUUCCGCCACGUGUACGGGACCGCGUUGAAACGUGAGCAAUGCUACGACAAUAUAAGGGUGUCCAAGUCUUCGUGGGAUUCCACCUUCUGCGCGGUGAACCCAAAGUUUCUUGCCAUCAUCGUGGAGUCAGCGGGCGGCGGUGCUUUCAUAGUCCUGCCGCACAACAAAGUUGGUCGGAUACCGGCAGAUUACCCGUUAGUCGGUGGACACAAAGGUCCCGUGUUAGACAUCGCAUGGUGCCCCCACAACGACAACGUCAUCGCGUCUGGCUCCGAGGAUUGCGUGGUCAAAGUAUGGCAAAUACCGGACGGUGGUAUUUCCAGGACGUUGACAGAGUCCGUGGUCGACCUGCAGCUGCACCAGCGGAGGGUCGGCCUCGUGCUGUGGCAUCCAUCUGCGUUGAAUGUGUUACUCACUGCCGGCUCUGACAAUCUCGUCUUGAUCUGGAACGUUGGUACAGGGGAGGCCCUGGUGCGAAUAGAAUGCCACCCGGACAUGAUCUAUUCCGCAUGUUGGAACUGGGACGGAUCCCGUAUAGUCACUACUUGUAAGGAUAAGAAAAUCCGUAUCUUGGACCCGAGGAACGGGGAGAUACUGGAGGAGGCCAUCGCGCACGAGGGUAGCAAAGCUACGCGCGCGAUCUUUCUCAGGGGAGGCUUGAUCUUUACCACAGGUUUCAGUAAAAUGUCCGAGAGGCAGUAUUCGCUGCGCGCCCCGGACAUGCUCGGCGAGCCGAUAGUCAUGGUAGAAUUAGACACGAGCAACGGAGUCAUGUUCCCCUUGUACGAUCCCGAUACGAAUUUAGUCUACCUAUGCGGCAAGGGCGACUCUGUGAUCCGAUACUUCGAGAUUACCCCCGAACCUCCCUUCGUUCAUUAUAUCAACACGUUUCAAACUCCUGAUCCUCAACGAGGUAUAGGAAUGAUGCCAAAACGAGGCUGUGAUGUUAAUAGCUGUGAAAUAACUAGAUUCUACCGGCUCAACAACUCAGGCUUUUGCCAGGUUAUCUCCAUGACUGUACCAAGAAAGUCUGAACUAUUUCAAGAAGACUUAUACCCUGACACGCCGGGCGACACCGCGGCAAUUUCCGCUGAGGAAUGGGUAGGUGGCAACGACGGUGAUCCCAUCCUGAUAUCGCUAAGGGACGGUUAUCAACCAUCGGCGGCUAAGAACGAGCUAAAGGUGCACAAGAAGUCGAACAUCUUGAGCAAAGGGGCGAAGGUCGCAUCGAAUCCCUCGCAGAACGCUACGCAAGCCUCGGGCAUUACUGAGGACCUGCUGAAGGAGUUCACGGAGGAGAUAAGGAAGUUGAAGGCGGUGAUAGUGAAGCACGAGGGCAGGAUACGAGUCCUCGAGUCUGCGGUCGCUCUUCAAAUGAAGGAAGAGGAGAGAAAAGAGAAGUCGUCGUCACCCACCGACAGAGAGGUGCUCGCCUCCGACGAGGUGUAAUUUCUUCGACUCAUAUCGCUAGCUCACGAGAUUGACAUGACGGAGGGAAGAAAAAGAUAACUAAUUGUGUAAUAAAAAAAUGAUCAUAUAUUUUGAUAUAACAAUUUGUGUAAAUAGUAGGGUUUAGCUACGUUGUGUGUCUCAAGUUCUUUUCUCUCUCUCUCUCUCUCUCUCUUUUUGAAAUGAUUUUUUUUUUCUUUUUGCUAUUUAUUGUACAUCCGUUCAUCAUACAUCCUUUGCAUUUGUAUUAUGUUUACAUCUUUUAUUUUGUUAGGUCGUAGCCGACGUAUGACACCACCUGUUAAUAGCGUUAAGACUUCGGAUGUUAUUUUAUGUCUAAAACACAAGACCUUCGUGUACAUUCAUUCUUAUCUAUUGUCCAGCAAGGAAAGAACGAUUUGUACAGGUUGCAUCUCUCUGUGUAAAGUUGUUGCGUAAAGAUUGUUUUAUCUCCCGGGAACGUGCAGUGCAUAAUUCCUAUGCAAAACCGUGCUACGUAGGAAAGAAAAAAAAAAGAAAGGAAUCGGUAGAACGAAAGAAUCGCUCUAUUUUACGAACGAAUUUGCGAGUAACAAAUAAUAAGGUAUUUUUGACUAAUCCGUUUUUUGACAUUGUGAAACGAAACCAUUUGUUUUGUACAAAAAUAUGUGAAUAUAAAAUAAUAUAAUUGAUUGAGCCCCAAA